AUUUUUGGAUUAUGACAAAUGAUCACAGGGGGUUGUCUUUACAACAGAUCGGGCUUAUCAGCCAGGUUUUCAUAUCAUAUGGCAAAAAAUCUAAUGGAGAGCUGUUGUUAUCUUAUGGAUUUGCUCCAAAAGAGGGCACAAAUCCUAGUGAUUCAGUAGAGCUCCCUCUAUCGCUUAAAAAAUCUGACAAAUGUUAUAAGGAGAAGUUGGAAGCUUUAAGGAAGCAUGGAUUGUCUGCUUCUCAGUGUUAUCCAAUACAAAUCACUGGUUGGCCACUGGAGUUAAUGGCAUAUGCUUACCUGGCAGUCAGCCCUCCAAGCAUGAGCAGGCAGUUUGAAGAGGUUUGA